CGACCACUGGUGUCCGAUUAAGCAGCUCAUUUCUAAGAAGCCGACCCAGGCCAGCCGAUAUCGAGCACCAACGACACACCCCAUUGACGUACAGCUAUGAUGCGGCCGACGUCGACCCUUGCUAUGGUCGUGCCGUCGCUCGCUGUAGCCAUCCUCUGCAUCCUAGUCCGGUCCGCCUCCGCGGAGUUCUGGCUCGACGAGUUCACCACGGACGGCGACGUCCGCAGAGACUACGACCGUUCUGGCCGGCAGGUGGCGUCGCUUGUCCUCGACCAGCGUUCUGGCGCUGGCUUCAACUCCACGCGCAAGUACCUCUUCGGCGAGUUCAGCGUGGAGAUGAAGCUCGUCGGCGGCAACUCCGCUGGGACUGUCACCUCCUUCUACCUGACGUCCGGCGAGGGCGACGAGAUCGACAUGGAGUUCAUGGGCAACUCCAGCGGCUCCCCGACGGUGCUCAACACGAACGUGUGGGCCAACGGCGACGGCAAGAAGGAGCACCAGUUCUACCUGUGGUUCGACCCGGCCGCCGACUUCCACAAAUACAAGAUCGUCUGGAACGACAAGAACAUCAUCUUCCAGGUGGACGACGUGACGGUGCGCGUCUUCAAGCGCUACGAUGACCUGCCGUACCCGGACGCCAAGCCCAUGGCGGUGCACGCCACGCUGUGGGACGGCAGCUACUGGGCCACGCGCAAGGGCGAGGUCAAGAUCGACUGGUCCAGCGCGCCCUUCGUCGUCUCCUACCGAGACUACACCGCCAACGCCUGCGCCGUCCACGGCCGGAACGGCGGCGGCAGCUCGUCGUGCCCCGCCGGUGCCAACGAGUGGAUGGACAGGCAGUCCGACGACACCGACCGUCUCACCGUGGCUUGGGCGCGCCGGAACUGCUUGCAGUACAACUACUGCGAUGACGGGUGGCGCUUCCCGCAGGGGUUCCCCGGAGAGUGCGCCCGCAACUGAUCCACCAUCUGCCCUGCAGUCGCGAGUCUCCAAGUCUCGCCGGCCUCAUCGCAUCCUCUUACCGCAGAUAUAGGCAUACUAGAUCGAGUUCAUUCUUGGAUUUUAUGUUCUUGUAAUUGUCUUAUUGUACGUACGUACAUCGUCUCUUCCGACUCACAAAGAGCCCAGCAGCGUGCGUCCUGGAUCUGGAUGCAUAUCGAAGGUACUAGUUCUGUGACUUCUAAAAGAUCUUAUUUUUGAUGAUUUUGGUGUAAAAUAUCAUCGCAGAAACUGAGGAAUAAACAUCAGAAUUCAU